AUGAGAGCUGUGAUGUGGAACUGUCGUGGUGCAGGGAGCCCCUUGACAGUUCCCUAUCUGAAGAAGUCUAUAAAACUCCACUCUCCAUCAUUGGUAUUUUUAUCAGAAACAAAAAAGAAAAAGAGCUAUCUGAAUAAUGUGAAGCAAUGGAUAAAAUUCGAUCAUCUAUUUGUUGUUGAUCCUGUGGGUUUGGUUGGUGGCUUGGCAGUGUUCUGGAAGAAGGAAUUGCAAGUUAAAAAAGUGUUGUUCUCAAGUUUUACUAUAGAAUUGUUAAUAGAGGAUAGGGAAGUAGGUGGUGAAUGGUGGUGUGUCUGUGUGUAUGCUAGUGCUGAUGUUAGGAUUAGGAAGGAACAGUGGAAGGUCAUAGCUAGGAGAAGUUGUCUGUGGGGAGAAGCAUGGGCUAUUAUGGGAGACUUGAAUGAUAUUACAUCAAAUAAUGAAAAGUGGGGAGGGAGGCACAGGGCUGAGGUUAGUUUCCAGGAGUUUAACUCCUUUAUAAAUAGCAAUGAAUUACAGGACAUAGGUUUUGAAGGAGUUCCCUGGACUUGGUGUAAUAAUUGGGGUAGUGAGGGAGAGGUUAAAGAAAGGAUUGAUAGAGUUUUGGGUAGUCAAGGCGGGAUAAAGAGGUUUGAGAAGGCAAAAUGUACUCAUGUUGAAACUAAGGCUUUUGAUCAUUGUUUAUUGGUACUGGAUACAAAACUAGUAGAGAGGAGGUUCACGUUUGACAGGAGAUGGUUAGGACAUAGGGAUAUAGGGGAGGUUAUUGAUAAGGCAUGGGGAGAGCAGCAAGGGGGAUCUAGGAUGUUUAAGGUUCAGAGGAAAAUAAAACAGGUCAGAUUGAACUUAUUGAGUUGGAGCAAGCAGUGUUUUUGUAAUUCAAAAAAGCUGAUAGAGCAAGUGAAGAAGGAGAUAAAGGAAGCUAAGGAACUAAAAAGUGAUGGUUAUAGGAUCAAGAAUCCUGAGGGCUUUGCUGAGAUACUAGAAGGUGUUCCACAGACCAUCACUGAGGAGAUGAAUAGGGAGCUUACCAGGAAUGUAUCAAAGCAAGAGAUCAGCAAAGCAAUCUUCUCAAUGCACCCACACAAGUCCCCAGGACCAGAUGGUUAUUUGCUCAAAUCUGUUAAUGAAACUUUAAUCAGUUUGAUUCCCAAAACUAACACUGCUAGUUCCAUUUUAGAUUUCAGACCUAUAAGCUUGUGUAAUGUCCUUUACAAAAUCAUUUCAAAAGUGCUCACCAAUAGGUUCAAACUAGUCCUGAGUGCUUGUAUUAGUCAUUCCCAGUCUGCUUUUGUCCCUGGAAGGGAUGGUUUCAUGGCUAUUAAAUUAGAUAUGUCAAAGACUAAUGAUAGAGUAGAAUGGAAAUUCCUGGCUAAAAUGAUGAUGAAGAUGGGAUUCUGUCCAAAAUGGAUUCAGUGGGUGCUGGAGUGUGUAUCUAGUGUUACCUACUCUAUUAAUUUUAAUGGGGAGAAAAGGGGGUACAUUAAGCCAACAAGAGGGUUGAGACAGGGAGAUCCUCUAUCUCCCUAUUUGCUUUUGAUCUGUGCUGAGGGGUUUUCCUCUUUGCUAAACCAAGCAAAGGUACAUGGAAGGUUGACUGGCUUGAAGAUUGCUCAGGGGGCUCCUAGUCCAUCUCAUUUGUUUUUUGCAAAUGAUUCCCUGAUCUUCUGUAAAACAAAUGUUGAUGAAGCUAGUCAGAAAAUGAGGAUUCUAGAAGUGUAUAAACAAGCUUCUGGUCAGUUAGUAAAUGUAGAGAAAUCCUCUCUGUUCUUUAGCAGGAAUAUAGGUAGUAGUAGACUGAAGGAGGGGGUUAUGAGGAAGUUGCAGGGAAUGAGACUUGCUCAGCACAGCAAAUAUUUGGGGUUACCUCUACCCAUUGGACGAUCCAAAAGGCAGGCAGUUGAAUUCAUCAGGAAUAAAGCUAUGGAGAGGCUGCAUGAAUGGAAAGAGCAGUUAUUGAGUCAGGCAAGGAAGGAGGUUCUGCUUAAAUCUGUUAUAAUGGCCCUGCCCACGUAUAUAAUGUCUUGUUGUUUGUUGCCAAAGGAUCUGUGUAAGAAAAUUUGCUCAGAGAUGGCUAAGUUUUGGUGGGGUCAAAAAGGAGAUGAGCAGAAGAUUCAUUGGCUCAGUUGGGGAAAAUUGUCUGAAGUGAAAGCUGAAAGAGGCCUUGGUUUCAGGGAUCUUCAUGAGUAUAAUCUAGCCUUGUCGGCAAAGCAACUAUGGAGGAUUUUAACCAGGCCAAAUCUGUUAAUGAGUAAGGUUAUCAAAGCUAGGUACUUCAAGGGGGUCUCUCUAUGGAAGAUGGAAAGCAAUGGUACUGACUCUUGGUGUUGGAAAAGCCUACUGAGGGCAAUGGGGAUUUUAGAAGCAGGGCUAAGGAAGAGGGUGGGUGAUGGACAAUCUAUCAGCAUAUGGGAUGAUAGGUGGCUUCCGAAUUCAGAAGAUGGGAGAGUUAAAACUCAAAGAAGGGAGGAGGUGGGUGUUUUUAGAGUUAGUGAUCUCAUACAAGAGGGGAAGUGGAACAAGGAGUUGAUUGUUCAGGUGUUUGAGGAGCAAGAAGGAAAGGAAAUUCUGAGAAUUCCUCUGAGUGUAUUUGAGAGGAAGGACACUGUAUACUGGAGUAAGUCUAGCACUGGGAAGUUUAGAGGUGUGUUGCCUGUAAACGUUGCUAUCAAAGAAAGAUGCUCAAAAGGGGAUCCUGUUUGCAAAUGCUGUGGGGAGUCCCCGGAAACUAUUGAACAUCUGCUCUUUUUCUGUGAUAAUGCUAAGGCUGUCUGGAAGACAGUACCUAUAUGGAAAUCAAGGAAUAGGAGGCAGUUUGAGGAUAAAAGGAUGGACCCAAUGGCAGUAGUGCAGAAGGCAACUAGGGAGUGGAGAGAGUUCCAGGAGGUUCAAGAUUUGGAAGGGGGGACGGGUAGCUUUAGGACUAAAGGAAAGGAGGGAUUGGGGGGUUGGAAGGCACCAGAGGGAGGUUGGGUUAAGAUAAACUCUGAUGCAGCAGCGCAACAGAAGACAGACAGUGCUGGUUGGGGGAUGAUUGCUAGGGACUGUUUUGGAAAUGUGUUGAGAGCCUGGCCCGUGCCAAGCUCAGGUUGCUCAAGUGCUAAACAGGAGGAAGCUUUGGCUCUAAGAACUGCUAUGCUUAUGGCAAAACAUCAAGCUAGAGAAGGGUGGUGUUCGAAUCAGAUUGCAAGCAGCUUAUUGAUAAAAUAA